UCCACCUAUAUUCAGCUUAGUGGUUUCCGUGAAAGGAGGCUUGAUUUAGCAAUAUGAUCUUUCUCUUUUCAUGCAUGACUGUCAUCCUCGCUCACCCUCCUCCACCUUUCUCUCUACGCCACGCCAUGCACCCCAAGCCUUCUCGUUUUAGCAUGGCCAUGCAUGGCCACUUCUUGCCCAUACCCCAACCACCUUCUUCUAUUCUCCAGCAUUUAGAGACGACUAUGGCGGCGAUCGAGGCUCUGAACGACAAGAGCGGCUCCAGCAAGUCCUUUAUCUCCAAGCACAUCGAGUCGGCGCAUGGAGAUCUGCCGGCGGCUCACUCCACCCUGCUGAUGCACCACCUCAACAGGAGGAAGCAGAACGGUGACCCCGUUAUGGUCAGGAACCACUGCAUGAAGCCUGACCCUAACGCGCCGCCGCGGAAGGGUCGCGGCCGUCCCCCUGAGCCCGAGUUUCCUCUUCCUCCAGGAACCGUUCUCGCGCCGCCGAGGCCUAGGUGCCAUCCGUUGAAGCCCAGGGACCCAUUUGCUCUGGUCUCUCCGCCGAAGAAGGCUUCCUCCGGAAGUGGAAAGCCACGCGGACGCCCUCCAGAGAAGCCCAAGGUGGGAACUUCGUCGGCUCCAGCACCGGCGACCGGAGCAUCGAGACCUAGGGGAUGGCCGCCAAAGGCGAAGCCGGCGGUGGUUCCCGUUGGGUGGCGUUUCAAACAGAGAUGUUGA